CUAAGACAACAAACGUCAGCGCAUCGAAAGUCGAAUUCUAGAAAUUCAACAAAAUAAAAACACCUCAGUUUUCUUUCUCGGAAGAAAAGUAAAAUCUUGAUUUUAAAUUUUUCCUUUUCGUUUAUUUUUUCCUUUUGCUUUUUCUUGCUAAAAUCUUGAGGGAGAUUUCUCGUACAGACGACGCAGAGAUGAGUGAGAUCUUGAGAUGUAGAUCGCUUCGUUAUCUGCUGUUUUUCGCUUCUAUUUUUCUACAAUUCCUUUCAGGUUUUUCCGAUGAUUCAAAGAAUUCAAACAGCGGUAAGAAGGCUGAGCCUCAUGCUUCUUCAACCAAGACUGGAACCAAGGUGGUUAUCAUUCUACUUGGGGUUUUAGCACUAUCGUUGUUUUCAUUUUUCCUUUUCAAGCUAUGGCAAAAGAAGAAGAGAGAAGAGCAAUAUGCUCGUCUUUUGAAGCUGUUUGAAGAGGAUGAUGAGCUCGAGGUUGAACUUGGCCUUCGGGAUUGACAUGUUGUAGCAUUAAAGAUUGGGGUCAUGGUAGUUGAGCGGUUUCUUACUGCAGCAGAUAUCAUUUUAGGCUAAAAUGGAGUUUCUUUCUAGGAAUGCACGUUCCUAUGAUGGCAGGAUGUUGAAGAUGUGAAAUGAUCUCCUGUGAGGUCAGAUAGUUUUCAAUCAUAAGCCACUGUAUUUGUAUGAUAUGUUUAAUUGAAAUUCUUUCAUGAAUUUUGGAAUCAUUACCUGUUUAGAGUGCACAGUUGUAACAUUUUUACCAGAUAUUUGAAUAGUCUCUGAUUCGCUGUAUCUAAACACCAACUUAUAUGUAUUUUUUCUAUGAUACUCUGAUCAUUGAAAUGCUAUCACUCUUGAGGAUAA